GUACGUACUUUUUACUUGUACCGGCGGUACAAGUAACGAAAGUAAAAGUACUGCCAUAUAUGGUCCCGACGCAAUCAGAUGGUUGGAUUUCAUGGCUGCCGAUCAAGAUCUGCAGAUUGAUCACGCUCUAAACGGUAGAGGGGAAGUAAAAAUUGAGGGCAUGUCUGUCGAUGGGUUUUGCAGAAGAACAAACACAGUUUAUCAAUUUCAUGGCUGUUUUUUCCAUGGUUGCCUGGAGUGUUAUGAGGGGGACACAAUACACCCAUUAAAAAAAGUAACCAUGACGACUCUGAGAAAGAAGACGAGUGAGGCAACCGAAAAAUUAAGAUCAAAAGGUUACGAAGUCUACGAGCUAUGGGAACAUUCAUUUGAGGAAAUGAAAAAGAAAAUUCCUGAACUACGCGAUUUUGUGAGAAAUCACGAAAUGAAGGAAAGAUUAAAUCCACGUGAUUCCUUUUUUGGAGGACGUACGAACGCCAUUCGACUUUUUUAUGAGGGAGAAGCAAAGUAUGUCGACUUUACCUCUUUAUAUCCUUGGGUCAAUAAAUAUUGCGAAUACCCAAUUGGUCAUCCCGAGAUAUUAACUGAGAAAUUUGAAGAUAUCCACAAUUAUUUUGGGAUAAUUAAAUGUAAAGUGUUUCCUCCCAAGGGACUUUUUUUCCCCGUUUUGCCAUAUAGAGCUAACGGAAAAUUGAUGUUUCCGUUAUGUAGGACAUGUGCAGAUAGUCUAUCUCAAACAGUUUGUACCCACAAGGACGAAGAAAGAGCUAUAAUUGGCACUUGGGUGACUGAAGAAGUCAAGUUAGCAGUAAGCAAGGGUUACAGAAUAGAAGAGGUAUUUACUUAUAAUACUUUUAGUUUUUGACCAAAAAAAAAAGUUUUUUUUUCUUUUAUUGAUUAUUUUUUUUCCAUAUUAUAGAUUUAUGAAGUAUAUCAUUUUAAAAAAACAUCUAAAGACCUCUUCAGAUCAUAUAUUGAUCUUUUCUUAAAAAUCAAGCAGGAAAGCAGUGGUUGGCCUCGAGACUGCAUAACUGAAGAAGAUAAGCAACGAUACCUUCAACAGUAUUUUGAGAAAGAAGGGAUACAAUUAGAUCCAGAAAACGUAGAAAAAAACCCUGG